AUGAGAGCAUCCUGGUCUGGCCUCGUGGUCCAGUCUCUCACGAAUGUUAGGUCAAUGUUAACUGGCUACGAUGGCACAUGCAAGCCAUACGAUGCCUCUCUCACAACUGGCAUUAGAUACUCUUCCUGCGAUGAUACCAACUGGCCUCCCCCCGGACCAGGCCAUAAUGUGGGCACGUUGCUGAAGCCCCAGACGCCGGACAGGGCGCUCCAGGGCGCGUUGGCCUCAGUAUCGACAGAGCACAUCAGGGACAAUAUCGCAAAGCUCGUCAGUUUCGGCACGCGGCACACCUUGUCAUCCCAAGAUGAUCCAGAGCGUGGAGUUGGUGCGGCGCGCAGUUGGAUCGCAGGCGAAUUCCGUCGGUACGCCGAGGAGGCAGACACGGGCCUCUUGGAUGUUGAGAUCCCAGGCUACGUGCAGGGACCGGCGGAGCGGGUGCCAGAGCCGGUCUGGGUUGGCAAUGUUCAGGCUACGCUCCGGGGUACCUCGGACCCGGCACGACACUACGUGACUAUGGGCCACUACGACACGAGGGUGACGGAUCCGUUAAAUUGGUGGGAUGACCAGCCUGGAGCAAACGAUGACGCAUCUGGUGUGGCAGUCGCAAUGGAGGUAGCCCGCGUCAUGGCUAGGUAUGAGCAUGCAGCAAGUGUGGUAUUUGCGGCAGUGGCAGGUGAGGAGCAAGGACUCCUUGGAUCACGUUUCCUCGCCCAGACGAUGCGCAACGCGAGCGUGUCAGUCGAGGGCGUCCUCAACAUGGACAUCGUAGGCAGCUCGACAGGAUCACGAGGCGAGCGAGAGCCACAUGCGGUGCGGGUCUUCUGCCAAGGCGCACCGUUGACCGAAUCGGACGACAAGACGCGGCAGCGGCAGUCUAUCGGCGCCGAAAACGACUCCCCCGCGCGUAACCUGGGCCGUUUCAUCGCCGAGGUGGCCGGCAAUAGCUUCACGGGGAUGCGCAUCGCCCUCGUGUACCGGCUGGACCGGUUCCUGCGCGGCGGUGACCACCGGUCCUUCCUCGAGGCAGGAUAUACGUCGUCGGUACGCUUCUCGGAACCCAACGAGAACUUUGCGCACCAGCACCAGGACCUGCGGGUCGAGCAUGGGGUGCAGUAUGGUGACCUGGAGGAGUUCCUCGACUAUGAGUACAUUGCGCGUGUGGCACGGGUUAACCUCGCUGCGCUGUGGUCGCUGGCUAACGCGCCUGGGCUCGUGCGCAAUGUUACAGUCGAUACGUCGGUGCUGGACAACGACACGAAGCUGUCGUGGGUGCGAAGCGAGCCACAGAGUGACGGCGUUGAGGGAUACGAGAUUGUCUGGAGGCCUACGACUGCCCCCCAGUGGACUCACGCGCAGUUUGUCGGGGACGUCGAUUCGGCUACGGUUGAACUGUCAAUCGAUAAUGUCAUUUUCGGUGUGAGGGCCGUGGGGAAGAAUGGAUAUAAGAGUCCGGCGACGGUGCCGUUCCCUAGAUAA